UUUUUCGAAACUGGUCACUUUGCGAGCAAAAGCAAUUUUACGAAGACUUCAUUAAAUUUUCACUUGUGCAUAAAACGCGUAAAAACCGAUUAAAAACAGAAGAACUAAGCAAAAUAAAGCGGUGCAUAUUGAAAGUGAAGUGCAAAAGCUAAGUGAACGUGUAAAAAAGAGUAUUUUACUCGGCGAAAGGCGAGCGAGCUGCACAGUUGUUAAGGCUGCUGGUCACUAUAUGUCCAGGCCGCGCUCAUCCGCCAAAGCCGUGCAGUUUAAGCACGAAUCGGAGGAGGAGGAAGACGACGAGGAGGAGCAACUGCCGCCCAGGAGCAUGCAUUCGUUUGGAGACGGAGGCGCCAUUGGCAGCGGGGUGCCCGCAUUUUUGGCCAAACUCUGGCGCCUGGUGGACGACGCGGAUACCAAUCGCCUGAUCUGCUGGACCAAGGAUGGUCACAGUUUUGUCAUACAAAAUCAGGCGCAAUUUGCCAAGGAAUUGCUGCCCCUCAACUACAAGCACAACAACAUGGCCAGCUUUAUCAGGCAAUUGAAUAUGUAUGGUUUUCACAAGAUCACCUCCAUUGACAACGGCGGCCUUCGAUUCGAUCGCGAUGAGAUUGAGUUCUCACAUCCCUUCUUCAAGCGCAACUCCCCCUAUCUGCUGGACCAAAUUAAAAGGAAGAUAUCGAACAACAAGAACGGGGACGACAAGAGUGUGCUGAAGCAGGAGGCCGUGUCCAAGAUCCUCAGCGAUGUGAAGGUGAUGCGUGGUCGCCAGGACACCCUGGACUCUCGCUUCUCGGCCAUGAAGCAGGAGAACGAGGUGCUGUGGCGCGAGAUCGCCAGCCUGCGCCAGAAGCACGCCAAGCAGCAGCAGAUAGUCAACAAACUGAUCCAGUUCCUAAUCUCCAUUGUACAACCGUCGCGCAACAUGUCCGGCGUCAAGCGUCACAUGCAGCUGAUGAUCAACGAUACGCCGGAGAACGAUCGUGCACGCAGCACCAGCGAAACGGAAAGCGAGGGCGGCGGUGGCCCAGUCAUCCACGAGCUGAGCGAGGAGCUCCUCGACGAGGUGAUGAAUCCCACAUCGCAUUACGACCAGGAGAGCGUCUCACCGCUGGCCGUCGAGCGUCCGCGGUCGAAUAUAAGCAUUAGUUCGCACAACGUCGACUAUUCGAAUCAGAGUGUCGAGGACUUGCUGCUCCAGGGCAACGGAUCUGGCGGCAAUCUCUUGGUCGGCGGUGCCGCCUCUCCACUCGCCUCCAGCGUGAGUCAAUCGCCGGCCCAGCAAGCUGUCUACACGGUCACCGAGGCACCCGAUUCUCAUGUCUCGGAAACAGUGCCCAAUAGUCCGCUGCAGCAUGACGAGCUGAACGUGCUCACCACGCCCAUGGUGCGGGAGCAGGAGCAGAAGCGCCAACAGCUUAAGGAGCAUAACAAACUGCGGCGACGGGCUGCAGAGGACAUAAUUGAGGUGGACGAGGUAACGCCCAAGGCACAGCGCACUGUGUUCCAGCCCAUGAUGAUCAAAUCAGAGCCAGAGAAUAAUUCCGGACUGAUGGAACUAAUGCAACCAACGAACUCUGAUCUGUACAAUGUUAAUUUCAUCAGUGAAGAUAUGCCGACGGAUAUUUUCGAAGACUCUUCUCUGCUUCCUGCUGACGUGGAAGAGGCAGCCAAGCUGGAUCAGCAGCAGAAAUUCGGUCAAACGACUGUGAGCAGCGGCAAGUUUGCCAGCAACUUCGAUGUGCCCACAAACAGCUCUCUGAUGGAUGCCAAUCAGGCGUCUACAUCGAAGGCGGCCGCAGCCAAGGCGCAAGCCAACGAGGAGGAGGCCAUGGCUGUGGCCAAGUACACGGGCAGCGAGAACGGUGCCACACAAAAUCCGAACAAUGGCCAUGGCCAACUUCUGAGGAUUCCCUCUGUGUUAGUAGACAAGAUGCCGGCGAAUCCAAACCCGAGCAGCCAUAAUCAAGAGGCUAUUUCUUACUGUUGCAGUGACGAUCUCCACGGACACUUGGACAACAUGCAGGAUGAGCUGGAAACGCUGAAGGAUCUGCUGCGUGGCGACGGGGUCGCCAUUGACCAAAACAUGCUCAUGGGUCUCUUCAACGACUCUGAUCUGCUGGACAACUAUGGCCUCUCAUUUCCCAAUGACAGCAUGAGCAGUGAGAAGAAAGCACCCAGUGGCUCCGAACUGAUUUCCUAUCAGCCUAUGUACGAUCUGUCCGACAUUCUGGACACCGACGAUGGCAACAAGGAUCAGGAGGCCAGCCGACGCCAGCUGCAGGCGCAGAACUCGGUUUUGAAUACGCCACGUCACGAGUUGUAACUUAUGUUAAGUAGUGGCAGCUCAGACGCUUAUCUGGCGAACCAUUUGUUUUUAGUGUUUAAUGGAAACAAUCUUUUUUUCACUUACAUUGUCUAACCUUUCAGUUAACUCAUAUUAUCAUAUUAAUAUAAUCAACGCGUAAUCAUAUUAAUGAUGCUGUAUAUGCCUUAUGCACUAUAUAUAUGAUAUAUAGACUAACCAGUUCUUGUUGUAGAAAGACUCGAAGAAUCAGUUAAUAUUUUUAGUUGUAUUGUAUUUUAUAACCGGGGAUUUUGAGGGCCUCGGCUCAGGUAGAAGAUUUAUAGUUUCCACUAACCGAUCGUGUGGAAUGAUCGUUGACGAUGUAAGAUCGCACGCUAGAGAGUAUACGUUUUACACACACUACUUUUAUUAAUCGAUAAUAAAUUGUUUUAGGCUGCGUUAAGCUGCAAAUGAAA